GCGCGCGGAGACGCAGCAGCGGCAGCGGCAGCAUGUCGGCCGGCGGAGCGCCAGUCGUGCCGCCCCCGAACCCCGCCGUGUCCUUCCCGGCCCCUCGGGUCACCCUGCCAGCCGGCCCUGACAUCCUGCGGACGUAUUCGGGAGCCUUCGUCUGCCUGGAGAUCCUCUUCGGGGGACUCGUCUGGAUUUUGGUUGCCUCCUCCAAUGUUCCUCUACCUCUGCUCCAAGGAUGGGUCAUGUUCGUGUCUGUGACGGCUUUUACCCUUUCCCUCCUCUUCCUGGGGGUGUUCCUCUCCGGCAUGGUGACUCAGAUCGAUGCCAACUGGAACUUCCUGGAUUUUGCAUACCAUUUUACAGUGUUUGUCUUCUACUUCGGAGCCUUUCUGCUGGAAGCAGCAGCCACAUCCCUGCACGAUCUGCACUGCAAUACGACCUUGACUGUGCAGCCGCUCUUGAGCGACAACCAGUACAACAUAAACGUAGCAGCUACAAUUUUUGCCUUUGUGACGACAGCUUGUUAUGGUUGCAGUUUGGGUCUGGCUUUACGAAGAUGGCGACCGUAACACUCCUUAGAUACUAACUGUCUGUGUGUUAGUUUCAUUUGUCUACUUUAUAUGUCUGAUCAAUUUGGAUACCAUUUUAUCCAGAUAUAACACAUUCCAAAAGCAAUUUGUUUAGUAUAUGAAGAGAAUUUAAGUACAGUUUUGGCUUAUUUCAAGGAUAGAAUUUUCAUUUUAUGACACUAUUAAACAGAGAAAUGGCCUCUAACUUUACAUCAGCCUCUUUUCUUUUUAUUUUUUUAAAGAAUUUUUUCUUUUAUAGCCAUAAAAUACAGAGGUGUUUUGUUGGUUUUUUUGUUUUUUUUCAUGAAAAUGGGUGUCUCUUUUGUUUAGUUGCUAAAUCAUGUGAACCUUAAUUUUAAUGGGUAACAAAAACUCCCUAAAAUAAAACACAUUUCAAACAGGCUUCCCACUGAACCCUAUCUUUUAGUAUAAACAGAGGUUGGCACCCUUUUUCUAUAAAGGCCCAAAGGGUAACUAUUUUAGCCUCUGUGGGCCAUACAGUCUCUGUCACAACUACUCACCUCUGCUGUUACUACAUGAAAGCAGCUGUCAGUAACAUGUAAAUGAAUGAGUUUGGCUGUGUUCCAAUAAAACUUUCUUUACAAAAGCAGACAGCAGGCUAGAUUUGGCCUGUGGGCUGCAGGCUAUAGUUUGCUGACUUCUGGUGUAAAGCCUUAGCUAUGCAUUCUGUAUAUUAUUGUACUCAUACUGAAAGGUGUAAAGUCAAUUAGACAAGCCACAUAAUAUUUAGUCUCCCUAAUCAUAUUGCCUUUGUGUUCAUGGACAAAUGCUUACCCUUGAUGGGGCAUAUAGUUUCUCAAGCUAAUUCAAGCAGAGUCUUAAGUAUAGGAAAAAGUAAUUUAUGACAUGAACCCUAGUUGCUUAGUCAAACUUGAGGUCUCCUAACACCUGAGCAAAACUCUCAUCUGGCAUCCUUAACAUGAGCUCUCCAGAGGCCAUCAGCCACCACUGGAAUUGGUAUCCAGCUACUUGUGUCUUACUUUGGAUUUAUUUAUGCUUCAGAAUACAGCCGUUUGCCCUGUGCAUGAAUAUAUGAAUACUUGUAUGUGGAUAUGUGAGGCUUUACCAAAUAGAGCUCUCUGAAGAGUUAACUUUUUACUUCUAAUUAUUUUAUAUUACCUUCUGAGUUAAGUUUAAAUAGAUUAUUAAACAUAACUUAACAUUGUAGAUUCUUACAUGUUUUGUAAUAGCCCUAAGAUCUAUGUUGUUUUUACAUUAGUGACGGAUACACAAAAUCAGUUCUAAAACAACAGCCAUCACAAAAACUGUGUGUGGUUGAAUAGCACAGGAAUGUAUUUUAACCCCUUAUAGAGAUCCUGGUUGUGGAAAGGUGCCAAAAUGGCUUGGGUGGGAGAAGCUAGGCCCAACUCCCACCACACUGUUCAAACAAGGGACUCAUCUCUUGCCCUGAGAGGGCUGCCUUUAGGAAGAGGGGGCUUUUGAUUGUUCUACAUUUUCAACCCUUUUCUUUCUAUGGCUGAAUCAACUCCUCGGAGUGCCAUAUAUAAGUCGGGCUAUUCGAUUUCACGGGCAUAGAACAAUCCUGAAUGUGUAGCAUGACCAAUGCUCAAUGAUCAAAUGCUAUUGAUACAGUAAUCCCCUAGAAAGAAGAAUCUUACUAGAGUCCGGUUGUGAUGUAAUUGUAAUGGUAAAAGACCUGGUUCCACAUGUGGCCAGAGGGUAUCAGUCUUAGGACUUUAUACUCAUGUCAUAUCUUUUCUAUAAUAUCCUACUUCCUUGGUUUUUCUAGCUCCAUACCACACACCUAUACCUGUAUUAUGAAUUGUAUAUUACAAAGUCAUAAAUGUGCCAUAAGGAUAUAUAGUCCAUUCUAGUCGAAAGUGUUUAAUCUACUAGGUUUAGUUGUGAGAUUUUAUUUUUUGUUUCCAAGGUAUAACAAGUCCGUGCUCGGUGGCAUUAAAUUCAAUGAUUUCUGGGAACUGCUUCGAUGGCACUUUUGUAAACAGAUUGCUUCUUGAUCAUUAAAAAACAUACCUAAAACUCAUUUAACUGUGAAGACUUAGAUUUGUAGACUAAUCGUGUUCUAGAUUUUUGAGUUGAGUGACAAAGCACUUGAACAAAAAUUAUGGCAUUUGAGAAUUUUUUAUACACCUUAGCUGUAAAAAUGAGAAAGUGUUGGUUGGUUUUGAAAUCUGGUAACUCCAUGAUGAAAAGAAAUUUACUU